UUUUUAUUUUUGUCUCUUCAUUCCUUUCAUCGAAACACCAAUCAUCAACCAAGAAUAAGGAUAAAGAAAAAUUAGAUUCAAUGGAUACAAAUUCGGGAAACAAAACUUUUACUAUUGACCUCAACACAAACCCCUCAUUGCACAUCAAUAGCAGUACGCGUGAGACGUUGGAUGAAGAAUUGAUUAGGAUGAGAGAAGAGAAUAAGAAGCUAUUAACCAUGCUAAAAAAUUUAUGUGAGAACUACAAUUUCUUGCAAGCUCACAUAAUUGAGUUGCUGCAAAAUUACUCCACUCAUGAAGAGGAUAAUUCCAAAUUAUUAUUAUCAAGGAAAAGAAAGGCUGAAGACGUGUGUUGUGUGAAUAAUUCAGACAUCGACUUUGAAGAAGCAUCACCAAAGAGUCCAAGAGAAAUCACAACCAAUGUUUCAACUGUUUGUGUUAAAACUAAUCCCUCAGAUCAAACCUCAGUGGUGAAGGAUGGAUAUAACUGGAGAAAAUAUGGUCAAAAAGUGACAAGAGAUAACCCUUACCCAAGAGCCUACUACAAGUGUUCAUUUGCACCAACAUGUCCAGUCAAGAAGAAGGUGCAAAGAAGUGUUGAAGAUCCAUCAGUUUUAAUAGCUACAUAUGAGGGGGACCACAACCACCCUCAUCCAUCCCAAAUAGAAGUAACGGUUCCAUUUAUUAACCAAGGUAUUACAACAGAUUCAAGAUUUUUGAACAAAUUCAUGGAAGACAUUGACAAAAAUUCAUUACAACAACAUUUAGUCGAACAAAUGGCGUCUUCAUUGACCAGUAAUCCUAGUUUCACAGCUGCCGUUGCUGCAGCCAUCUCUGGAAAAAUUUACGAAUAUGAUUAAUGGCACGCAAGCUAUCUCUGGAAAAUUACUUUCAAAUAAAGAAAAAUUAUUGUUACUCAAGCGGCUUCUGUUUCUUUAUUGAGAUUGGAAUGAGCGAAAUGUAAAUUUUACUAUUUUGAUAGCGAUGUUUUCUUUACUCUUAUAAUUAUUUCAUAAUAUUAUAAUAAAACAUACAGAAUGAUUAAGACAAUAUUGGGAGUAGAUGUUACAA